GGCUUUCCGCAUUCUUCGGUCACGCCUUGUCCCUCAACCACCAUGUCUACAGAUCAUUAUACUGCGCCCCCGCCUGCGUACAGUGCGCCCCAGAAGUACUCCAAGGUGCCCGGUGACGAAGAGGCGACACAGCCCCUCUUGAGCCCGACCGCCGGACCGAGUUCGGGUCCUGGUGGCAUCUACGACCAGCCCGGAUUCGAUGAUAUUCCCGACGAUUUCAAGUAUGGUACCACAGUCUCGGAGAGUGCUCUAGAGAUUAGGAAUGCAUUCGUCAGGAAGGUCUACUCCAUCUUGUUCUGUCAGAUCGUUGCGACUACAAUCGUCGCCGGUGGUAUCUCCAAGUCUCCUGACGCCAUCUUCUGGGUCCAGACACAUUUGUGGUCGUUCUAUCUGCCCUUGUUCGGUACCCUCAUCAACCUCGGGUUGCUCUUCUGGAAGCGCCAUAGCCACCCGGCCAACCUGGUUCUACUCUCGACCUUCACUCUUCUCGAGGCCUUCACUCUUGGGUUCACUGUCGCCUUCUUCGACCCCACUGUCGUCGUGCAGGCCUUGUUGAUUACCGUGGGUGUGUUCCUCGGGCUGACCCUGUUCACUCUGCAAUCCAAGUAUGACUUCUCUGGCAUGGGUGGAUGGUUGUUCGGAGGCUUGGUCGCGCUCAUGAUGACAGGCGUUGUGGGAAUUUUCUUCCCCUUCAGCCGCACCAUGGACAUGGUCUACGCUGGUGGCGGCUGCUUGCUUUUCAGUGGUUACGUCGUCUUCGACACAUACCAGAUCACAAAGCGCCUGUCGCCGGACGAAUACAUCAUGGCGGCGAUUAGCCUCUACCUCGACUUCAUCAACCUCUUCAUCAACAUCCUUCGUUUGUUGAACGAUAUGAACCGUGACUAAUGAUGUAACCUGGGUACUCUCGCGGCCCUUAUUGUUUUGUAGGCGGUCUGCAGGCUUGCUGAUCUAUUGUUGAGACGUCUCCUAUCUUGGACCCGGUCCAUUGUAUGAAUGUAUUGUGUUUUAGCUAGUUGCUGGUUACCGGAUUCAAUAGCCUCCAUUCCAUGUUGUUGACCGUUUCGGCAGUGCUUGUAGUUACGGCGUCCUUGGCUCGUAUGUUUCACCGCCUCCUGUCUGAGGCUGUCUCCACACGCCUAUGCAUUGGCGCAGCAUUUUGUCGCGGACCAGGGCUUUCUGGUACUAUGUAAACGGGCCUUCUCACUUGCCUUUGACCUCCCCUACGUCCGCGCUGGUUAUUCCAACUUGAACGAGCGGG